CGUACACGUGUGUAUUUCUGAAUCAAAAACCCCUAAAUAAAAAUGAGUUCUUAAUUUUAUCGGCGAGGGAAAAAAUGGCGAUGGCUUUGUCCAACACAACCACAAGCUCUAACCUCAACCACUACUCAAUUCUCUCGCCGUUCUCAUCGCCGUAUCACCUUCACCGUCGAAGCAUCGUCCUACUCGCUAGUCCUUGCCGUUUACGCCGCCUCGCAGUUGCUGGUGGUCCUCCUUCUCCUCCAGGCCCUGAUCCGCCUCCGCCUGAGGACACCACUCAGCUUGCAGGUCUUGUGGGAGCUGUAACAAGGAUUCAAGACCGCGUAAAGAUCUUCCUCGCAGUGUUUUUUUGGAUGUUUCUCUUCUUCUGGGUUACAGUGACAGAUGGGAGAGGUAAAGGCAAAGGCAAGAAGAGUUCACGUUUCAAAUAGUUUCCAUAUAUGAAGAGGCUUUGGUGAAUGGUGAUCAUCUACUAUCUCUCUAUAUAUAUAUACAUUACAUAUGUCCAGAGAGAUGACAUACCUGUAGAAAAUUCACCAAGUAAGCAUCUUCCUUGUACAUGACUUAAUUCAGAUGAUUAUAGGAUACAAUAAUACAUCAUAAGAUCGUGUUAUCUUUGUUAA